CCUGGAUAAUGGUUUCCCUUUUAUCGUCCGACUCUACCACUGCUGCGGAAGAUGUCCAGCGAACUAACACUUUGGCUGUCACCUCACUACCCAAGACUUUCUUCGAGCCACGUCUCCUCGAUGUUCUCCGCUCCCACUUCUCAACAUAUGGCGAGAUAAAUCGAUGGGUUCCGCUCCCUGGAUUCAGUCGUAUCCUUAUCGUCUAUACGCGCGAAGACGACGCUGAAUCCGCAAAGAUUCACUCGGACCCUAUCGUGCUUGAUGAAACGGACGGUCGCGACCAAAUCACACUUCGCGUUUUCCGUGCAGAUCCCAAUCCCUUGCUUCCAACCUCCGACAAUGACUCUUCUAUUCCCGAUGUCAACUAUCUCCGCCCUCCAGAUCUGGAGAAGAACUUCCUCAUUUCACCCCCCGGAUCGCCGCCCGUCGGUUGGGAGCCCAUCCGCGAAGAUCCACCCAACGCAAUUCCAUUAGCGGAUGACCUGAUCGUUGCAUUGCGGAAGCUUCAAUUACAAGAGCGCGCGCCUGCAGGUGUGGAGAUACUUGUGGAACCAAGUGAUGGUGGUGUGGGUGUGUAUGUGGAGGACUGUGACGGCGAACCAGAGGAAGAUGAGGCUGACUGGGUGUAUGGUGAAUCGGCUCCAACGCGUCUGAAAUGGCGCCCCGUUGCCACGGCCAUGCCGCCGACAUCCCACUUUUGGUGCGUUCAGUCCUUGGUCAUAACAUGACGAAAAACAUUCAGACCUGUUCCGACUCUCGGAGUUUGAGGACAAACGAAUAUUGCCUUUUUUUCUGAUCUUUUUUGUCUGCAUCGAGUUGCUGCAGAUGCUUACUGUCCUCUUUGUUACAGACUUGAUGACUUGAAGAGCGGAGGUUGAUUGUAUCUAUAAGAAAGGACUGCUCAUGUAUACGUACGGACACGAUAUGUACAUUGCAUAUAUUGUAUCUCGAGGAAUAUCUCAAAGCAAGACCAGAUGAAACGACGGACCGACCAUUUCCCUGCAUAUAUGGCACGCGCGGCUGUCCAGCAUCAGCUCAAACAUAACCGUUCAUUAGCAAACGUUCUGUGACUGCUCUAGCAUUUUCUAGGAAGUCUGCGGUUGUUUUAGUGGGUUUCCAGCCCAGAGCACGUCCUUUUCUCGCCCUGCAUCGGGCAUCGGACCCAAUCAAGGCUGCAAGGAAGCCCCACUCAGCAGCAUCGAGCUCCUCCUCGCUGAAUGAUGUUGGCGCUGGAGCCUGUCCUUUUCCAUGUUCAUACAGGACCUGGGAGAUCACGGCGCACAGAUCCUCCAGCACGUGGCUCCCGUUCUCCGCAAAGUAAAGUCCGGACUGGCCGUGCGGUGUGCUAUCGGGAUUCGAGAUCGCCGCGUCAAACAACACCAUGAACAGAUCACCCACUGAAAGAGAGAUCAGUCAAUCAUCCUCGCGCAUGCAUGGACCAGAGCCGACUGACAUUCAUUCAAUUCCACGUUGUGCCACAUGUUCUUCCCUUGACCGACCAUCCCGCCUUGGCCACGCGUCAUUGACAAGCUGACGAGGCCAUGUGGGAUGCCGUACACCGUC